UUUUGUUUCUUGAUUGUUCUUCAGCUCGAGAGCUGAGCUGGGGUUUCGCGUUGUUCCGAUGGAUUCCUCGUUUCUCCUCGUCCACAGAUGGAUUCCUAGCCCUAAACAUCAUUGGUUCGCCGGUGGUUUCCACAACCUCGUGGUUCCGAGAAGCAGUGGCUUUCCUUCGAGCAGACUUGGAGUUUUUCCUCUUCGUGUUUCUCUUUCUCCGACACUAACGAAGGUUGGGAGCUGGAAUAGCAGACGGAUUUUGUCCACCUGCUUUUGUAGUGCCAGAGAAAAGCCGGAAUCCAGUGCUGUUGAAAAGGAUUCAACUUCGGUUUGGCCCAUCCUUAAGCGAUGGGAUGUUCCAUGGCAGUGGCAAACUGUUGUGCUCACCAUGUUCGCCUGUGGAUUAAGCUUUGCUUUGACAGGAUUGCUUGAGGCAGCGGUUUUGCCAUAUUUAGGAUUUCGGGCUGGGGAAGUGAGCUUAGAUGAGAAAGCAGAAAUAGUUUUUGUUGGCCAAUUUGCUGUGACAACUGUGGUACUUGGAGUUGUCUAUGCUAUCACAAACUCCUUUCAACCUCUUCCUGAUGAUGUAUUUCGCUAUGAUUUGAAGGAGCCCUUCAAUCUACGGAAUGGUUGGCUUUUGUGGGCAACCAUUGGUUUGUUGAGUGCAUUCAGUGCUAUAGCAUUAACAGGAGUUGCCUUGAACUUCUUUUAUGGUGGAAGUCCACAGAGAGAGACUGAUGCACUAGUCCUCCUUCUGCCCUUGAUUGGCUCUUCAAGUAUCAGUAAUGCUUGCCUGGUAGGCACUACAGGUGUCUUGGCACCUCUUCUUGAGGAAACUGUAUUCCGAGGGUUUCUAAUGGCAUCUCUGACAAAGUGGUGUCCAACACCUGUUUCUGUGCUUAUAUCUGCUGCUGUAUUUGCUCUGGCACAUCUCACUCCUGGAGAAUUUCCCCAGUUGUUUAUUUUAGGAACUGUUCUGGGAUUUUCAUAUGCGCAGACACGCAAUCUCCUCACUCCCAUCACAUUGCAUGCAUUUUGGAACUCAGGGGUGAUCGUGUUUCUCAUUUUUCUUCAGCUGCAAGGGUAUGAUAUUCGAGAAGUACUGCAGCCAUCUUCCUGAGGUUAUCAGGCUUUAACUUACAUCGAAUGUGUUACUUCAUCCUGUUCUACUUUCUUGAUCACCAUUCUGAGCAAAUGAAGGACACAGUUGAAGAAUUGGAACACCUGAUAUGCAAGUAGUGUUCAUUCUGGUGGAAAUGUCGAUAUUAGAUAAGUUCGAUUUACAAGAAACUAUAUACCUUUGUUUGAACAACUGAUAAUUUCAUGUGCACGACAUAUGGUACUUGAAGAAACCUUGUAACAUUCUCAGUACAAUUAGAGAAAUAUAAUUGAAAGUUCAUCACCAUGUGAUGCUUGUUUACA